AUGCGUCUCCAGAUGCUUGUGCGCUGGUGUAACUCACUCUCUCGUGCAGGUGCAGCACUGGCUUCAUCAGCUGGCCCUCGAGUUACAGGAAAGACUGAACACAAACAGAGAUAUGAACGGGCGGGUGGCCAAACAGCUGACGGUGGGAGUUUCUCUCGCUGCUGUGCUCUUGUUCGAUACGACGCUGUGAAGAUGACAUCAGACAGCCUGGCCAUCAUCAAGAGCCUCAACACCGCCGGAAGCCACCAGGAGGCGUGGUCUCCUGCUUUGACUGGUCUUCUGUCAGCCAGUAAGUUCAGCGAUGUUCCCUCAUCCUCAUCCAGAGGAAUAGCAGACUUCCUGUCCAGUGACGCGCCUUCAACACAAUCACGUCUAGCCUCUACACAAACCCCCAAAACACAGCUGAGCCCCAAGAGCCCUCCAUCCAGUCUCUGUUUGAGAAAGCUGCUGAGAAGAUAAAACAGCAAGUGGAGGAAGGUAGUAAAGAUGAGCAUGUGUCAUCCAGUCUUCCUCAGAAAGCCACUGGCACCAAAGAAGCUUCAGCCUGGCAGACAGCAGCUCAGGACUGACUGGGGACCGGAGCGAUUCGGCUCGAUCUGAGACGGCCAGCGGAGCCGGGGUCUCUCGUCUGGUGCGUCCCGUGAGGAUGUGAGUGUGUGUGAGCGCUGUUGGACUGAAGGUGCUGGUCUGGGAAAUGCCUGAACAUAUGGACUAUCAUUUCGCUCUGGACUUGCAGAAGUCAUUCUUAUCCUCCCAGCGCCGGGCCCAUCCAGCACUUUCAGUUGACCAGCUUUUUUAUAUGAGGAAUAUUUGUGCCUUUUUCAAUUUUUUUACUGUUUACUUUAAAUAAAUACGUUGUUCUACGUAAUAUGUUCAAAAUACAUUUCUUCCCUCUUAAAGGGAAUACUCCACCCCAA